AUGUCAUCGCUGUAUCUUACCGAUUACUCUCCUUCAUCCCUCUUCCCUCCGUCCUCCCUCCGUCCUCCCUCCGUCCUCCCUCCGUCCUCCCUCCGUCCUCCCUCCGUCCUCCCUCCAAAUUCAACAAGAGGAGGUGAAUGUGAAGUGGGGAAUCAAGGAGGCGGCCAAGCCAAGCGGGGCAGACAAACCAACAGAGUGAUAAGAGUGAUGCCUUUCAAUCUUGCCACCUUGCCGCAUCAUGCCUUCCCCCCUCCUCUCCCUCUCCUUCUUUUUGAUGCAGAGAUUCAGCGAGAGGAGGUGAAUGUGAAGAAGGGAAUCAAGGAGGCGGCCAAGAGGGGCGAUCUGGGUUCAGCCAAGCACCUAGCCAAGGAGCUGGUGCGAUCCCGGAAAGCCAUUGGUCGCAUGCACGAACAGAAGGCGCAGAUGAACUCCAUUUCCCUUCACCUCGGGGAGAACAUUGCCAUGGCGAAGGUGGCGGGGCACAUGGCGAAGAGCACAGAGGUGAUGAAGCUCGUCAGCGGGCUGAUCAAAGUGCCACAGGUCGCGGGCACGAUGCAAGAAUUAUCCAAAGAGAUGAUGAAGGCUGGUUUAAUCAGCGAGAUGCUGGAAGAGGCCGUAGACGAUGCUCUAGACACCGAGGAGAUGGAGGAUGAAAUGGAAGAGGAAGUAAACAAGGUUCUUGAUGAACUGGCGACGGAAGCUACUGCGCAGCUUCCCACGGCGGUGCGGCAAAAGCAGCGGGCGGCAGAGGCAGCAGGGGUGGAGGAGGAGGAAGAGAGGGUGCCUCAGAUGGAGAUGGGGUUGGGAGCGGACGAUGAGGCGGAAUUGGCUCGGCUUAAAGCCAAGUACAAGUGA